AUGUCGUCUGGGGACUUGGGAGACUCUCCAUUGUCAGCCAGUGAUUUUCGCACUUAUAAUCGCAUGGCGGAGCAAAUGGAAGGAUUUCAUGGCCAUUUCCGUUUAAUAUGGAACCAGCUUUGGGAGGCUUGUGAAAGCUCUGGAAAACGGAGACUCUCAUCCCGCCAGAUGAUCACGAUAGGCCUUCAAUUCUGCUCGCAAUUGGAUUUCCAUCACUCCAUCGAGGAGCAACAUAUAUUCCCCGUAUUGGCGAAAAGGAUGCCUGAGUUUCGAAAGGAGCUCGAGCUAUUAAGUCAGCACAGACAAAUCCAUGCGGGACUUGAGAAACUUGAGAAGUAUCUUGAGCAGUGUCGGACCGGCGAGGAAGACAUGCGCCGCGAAGAGGUGAAACGGUUGAUGGAAGGGUUUGGAAAGGUUCUGUGGACGCACUUGGACCAAGAGGUUCAAACUCUUGGAGCUGCCAAUAUGCGCAAGUUCUGGUCUCUCUCCGAGAUGCGUCAUCUUCCUAUGUGA